ACGCUGUCAACGGCUAUUCUAUUUUCCGUCUUUGUACAUUUCUCUAGAAUCAUUCUCUCUGUUUUUCUGUGUACGGUGAAGAGGUGUGAUCUCAGAGUGAAGUGCUGUGAUCUAAGCAGACUGUCAUCAUAUAGGAAGUAGAGGCGUUUGUUAGAAGGACUGUAGUUGUAGAGAAAGUCACUUGUCUGUGGGGACAGAAUGGAGCACACCUUGCUCUGUUUGCUGCUAUUGCUGAGUACACACAUCUACUCUGGACACUCUGAAGAUGAUGAUGGAAAGGCAAAGGCUGUUCUGACCAUAUACCCCACAUCCUCCCAGAUAUUCAGUGGAGAGUCUGUCACUCUCAGAUGUAACAUACAGAGGGGAGAAGUCACUGACUGGGAAUACACAUGGCGCAAGGAUGUUGUAGACACAAUCAAUAGGAAGAAUGAAUAUGAGAUCAGAGAGAUUAAGAUUUCAGACAGUGCUGACUACAGGUGUCUGGGUAGACAUAUUGAUCAGAAGAAGCAUUCUGAGUGGAGUGAUAUAGUCAGACUGACAGUGACAGCUCUGCCUGAAACUACAAUGACCGUAUAUCCAAACCCUGCAUACACUGGAGAGACAGUAACUCUGACGUGUUCAGUCGGGUCUGGCAGUGGCUGGAGGUAUACAUGGUACAAAGACAACACUAAGAAAGUAGUGACCUUGUCUGACAGACACACUACAAAAGGAGCCACCUUCACCAUCAGUAGAGCUGCUGAGUCUGACCAGGGUCUCUACAGGUGUCAGGGAGAGAUCCAGUCCAGAUCCAUAUCAUCAAUCAUCAGUGAUCCUGUCACAAUCACUGUGAAAGCCCUGCCCAAAGCUACACUGACCAUAACACCAAACCCUGCAUACGCUGGAGAGACAGUAACUCUCACGUGUUCAGUGGGGUCUGACAGUGGCUGGAGCUACACAUGGUACAAAGACAACACUGACAAAGUAGUGACCUUGUCUGGCAGACACUCUACAACAGGAGCCACCUUCACCAUCAGUAGAGCUGCUGAGUCUGACCAGGGUCUCUACUGGUGUCAGGGAGAGAUCCAGUCCAGAUCCAUAUCAUCAAUCAUCAGUGAUCCUGUCACUAUCACUGUGAAAGAGAGACCUGUGGCUGUUCUGACCCUCCAACCCAACUGGCCCCAGAUAUUCAGUGGAGAGACUGUCACACUAAGAUGUGACAUACAGGGGGGAGAAGAGAUUGAGUAUGCUUUUUAUAACAGUGGGAAGUCAGUCUACUCCAAAACAGAGCCUGAGUACAGAAUCAGUCCUGCAGAGAAGGGUCUAUAUACCUGUGAAGGUCUUCAGAAAAGAAAUAACUUCAGAAAAGAAAAACACUCCCAGACCAGUAAUGCUAUAUAUUUGACCGUGUUAGAUCAACCCCAAGCUCUCCUGAGUGUCUCUCCUCAGUGGCUGAACCCUGGAGACUCAGUUACUCUGAGCUGUGGGGUUAAAGAGUCAUCUACAGGCUGGAGGUUCUUCUGGUACCGAACUGUUCCCUACACAGCUGGGUUACUCUCUCUAUCAGACAGGUCCUACUCUGUAGAGCCUCUUUCUGGAGAUGGGAAUACUGAAGACUCCUACACUCUGAUCCCUGCUGGUCCUAGUCACACAGGAGGAUAUGUGUGUAGAGCUGGGAGAGGAGACCAUGUCUAUUACACACUCUACAGUGAACCUCAGUUUUUCUGGUCAGGAGAUCCGCAACCUUCAGUGUCUCUCAAAAUAAGACCGAACAGAACUCAACACUUUACAUCAAAGUCUCUCUCACUAAGCUGUGAGGAGAAGAGGAACUCUACUGGAUGGAGACUGAAGAGAUACAGAGAGAAAGCAGUGGAGUCAGAGUGUGGCUCUAACUGGGGAUCAAUAGCAGGGUCCACAUGUACCAUCAGGUCCACAUACACAGGGGACAGUGGAGUGUACUGGUGUGAGUCUGGAUCAGGAGAGUACAGUAAUGCUGUCAACAUCACAGUGUCUGUUGGCACUCUGAUCUUGGAGAGCCCUGCCUAUCCCAUGACUGAGGGAGACUCUGUGACUCUACGCUGUACAAAUAGAUAUCAGGAAACAAACCCAAUACCGAAGGUUGAUUUCUACAAAGAUGGAGUACUCAUCAGGAAUGAGACCACAGGAGAGAUGACCAUCCCUGCAGUUUCCAAGUCAGAUGAAGGCUCCUACAAGUGUAAAUCUAGUGAAGUAGAAUCACCAGAGAGCUGGGUGACAGUGAGAGGCGUAACUCCUGGACCCUCUACAUCAGUCCUAGUAGGAGUGGUUGUGGGCCUGGUUGUUGCUGGUGUUCUACUGGCCAUUCUCCUGGUACUGCUGUGUCGAUAUAAAAACGCCAAAGGUUCCUGUUGCAACAGGACUUUCUCGCCACCCCAGCCCCAGAGGACCAACCUGGACCCCCAACAGGACCAAGGAUCUACCCAGGGCCAGGCUCCUGAUGCUGGGUAUACACGUCGGCAGCAUGGUGGCGCUAACAUCUACGAUACAAUCACUCUCUCAGACAAUAAUGACAAUGAUGCUGGUGCUGCUACUGCUGGACCAAGUGAUGUGAUGUACGCCAAGAUUCAACUCAAAAAGUUGGACAAGAAAAAGAAAAAAAUUCCAGCUGAUCCAAAAGAAAAUCCAGUCUAUUCUGAGGUCAAGAUGGGGAAGACCACAGAAACUGCAAAUCCACCUGAGGCAGAUUCAGUCUAUUCUCAAGUGAAGCCAGGCACAUCCCCAGGUCCUUGAGGGAUGGAUGGAUGGAGGGAUAGCGGGAUGGCGGGACGCACGCAAACACACACACACACACACACGCACACACACACACGCACACACGCACACAAUAACACCUUGUACAUUAAGGAUUUUUUUCUCAUUUUAUUUAUCAACAGAUAUAUUGGAUUUAAGCAUGGUUUGAUUGUGUAUUACUGUAACAGCUUUUUGUAUUGCAUGGUGUAAUGAUAACGGAUCUUAUCUGCAGCUACAGUAAUUGUAUCUGCUUUGUAUUGUGUAUUGAAUUGUAUUGUUCUGUUGUAAAUGUAUUACAAUGGAUUAUCUUUGAUUUAUUAUGUCUGUUAUUCAGAUGAUUGAAUAACAUAUUUGCAUAUGUUUUUCCAAAAUAUUAUAAGUAUUAUUCAUGUUUUCCUCUAAUGGCCUGUACAUUUACAUUAUCUUUGCAUUAUGCUUUUUUAUAAACUUUUUUUAUUUUUAUCCA